CACUUUUACAACAUGGCGGCCAUCGCUCAAAAAUGUUGAGCGUCGCUCAAAAUAGUUGGAAUCUCUAUAUGUAUAGGAAGAUUUGCCACAUAUUGUGUAUACAGAACAAUGGAUAAACAAACAAUACAUCUGAUCCAGAUACUGUCAUUGAAUAAUUACUGGUGAUUCUACGCAAAAUUAGCAAAAAUUCCAAAAGUGCUACUUCCGGGUUUGAUUUUUUGAAAAAAACUUGAUUGGAAACUUUUGUGGCAGUCAGACCAAAGUCCUCUAACCUACUUGGAAUUAUAAAUCUCAGCAAACUAAUAUCAAAACGAGGCGUCGAAACUGAGGAAUGGCUUCAAUUGCGUGGAUUCCUGCGAUUUUUGCUCUGGCUACUUUUUACUUAUACUGGCUAUCAACCCACCUUCCAGAUUUGACUGGUAACAAUAAAAAUUUUUCUCUGAAGUUUCCGUCCACAUUAGAUGAUCUCCAGGAACUUUCUUCAGUGCUAGGCGAAUACAAAGUUGAACACUACAAUCUGGUAUUCCUCUUGUUCUUCAGUGCAUACCUCUACAAGCAGACAUUUGCUAUACCUGGCUCUGUUUUUCUGAACCUGCUGGCAGGGGCAUUAUUUGGAGUUUGGAAGGGUUUCCCAAUAUGCUGCUUUCUUACAGCCUUGGGAGCAACCUGUUGCUAUCUUUUAUCAAAGUACUGUGGUAAAGCACACAUAGAAAGACAUUUUACAGAGAAAUUGAAAAUACUUCAGUGUCGGAUUGAGGAGAAUUCUGAUAGUUUGAUCUUCUUCCUGCUGUUUGUUAGGCUGUUCCCCAUGUCACCUAAUUGGAUGCUGAACAUUGCCUCCCCUAUUCUCAACAUACCAGUACACCUCUUUUUUAUAUCAGUGUUCAUAGGCCUGAUGCCAUACAAUUAUAUAUGUGUGCAGACAGGGAGCAUGUUGUCUGAGAUUACCUCAGUUAAUGACAUAUUUACAACAACCAGGAUGAUACAGCUGAUUUGUAUAGCCAUGGUUGCUUUAGUACCAGGAUAUAUCAUAAGAAAGUACCAUAGAUCAAAGGAAGACCUGGGGACUUUAAAUUCUGAUAAUAUUGGUCCUCUAGAGAAGAGUUUGCGAAAUGGAGUAGUGAAAACAGAAUGAUUGCAGGGUCCAUGACAGAUUGGCAGUAAUGUGAUAAAAGAUAGAUAAUCUAGUCACUUAUUGCAAACUUAUGCAGGAAAGAAUUAUUUUUGCCUGAUAAUCUGGCAUGGAAAAAAGUAACAUUGAUAAUAAGAAGCUCACUCAGGACUGCGAAUCAGUAUUUUUAAGCUUUUUUUGUGUAAGAUGGACUUUUUACAGUAAAAUGUAUACUUGACAUGACAAAAAACAACCUUGUCGGUCCAACAAAAGGUAAAAGAGGGGCAAUGAUUUGUCAAAGAUGGCGCCACUGCUGAUACUGAGUGUUGGUAAUUAUGACCAAAACAAUUUGAAAUGAUCACCACUUUUUGAUGGUGACAUGUUUUCUUCAAAAUCUAUUUUAUUGUAACAUAUGAGACUUUUCCUUGAUGUAGGCAGUUGGUUUUGUUGAUUGGGGUAAAAGCCAGGUUUCAUUGUAGAAAAAUUGAUCAUUGAGUGGGCAAAAUGUAACUUUAGUGUACAUUAAGUCCAGGACUGAAUAAAUUGUGGACAAUUUAAGCAUGAGGAUCUUGUAUGCGACUGAACGAAGGAAGAAUGCUGAAUUCAAAGGCUAAUACAUGAGACAGGAGUGCAUUAAAUCACC